AUGGUUAAGGGAAAACUAGAAUCUUGGGAAGAUCAUUUUCCAUUAGUUGAAUUUGCAUAUAAUAGAAUCAUUCAUAGUACUAUUAGCAUGUCUCCAUUUGAGGUUGUUUAUGGUUUUAAUCCACUAACCCCUCUAGAUCUCACCCCUUUGUCUCAAGAUGUUGUUUUGAGCUUAGAUGGAAACAAAAGGGCUGAGGCCAUGAAGAAGUUACAUGAAAAAGUGAGACUUCACCUUGAGAAGAAGAAUCAAGAGACGGCCAAGAGAGCAAACAAGUACCGCAAGAGAGUUGUGCUUGAACAGGGUGAUUGGGUUUGGGUAUAUUUUCGCAAGGAUCGGUUUCCCAAAAAAAGGAAGACCAAGUUGAUACCUAGAGGAGAUGGUCCAUUUGAGAUGGACAAUGAACAUCGUAGAUGGAUGUAUGAUAGGGUGUUACCUUAUCGACGGGGGUUGAGGGAUGAAUUUAAGCAAGGCGUUGAGGGGUUUAUUAAUCAGGCAAAUUUAUUUUGUCAAAAAGCUGGGACAAUUAGGUGUCCUUGUGCAGAUUGCAAUUGUAUAAAGUGGUUAAAACCUGAGGAUAUUAGGGCUGAUCUUUGUAGUAAGGGUUUUAUGGACGACUAUUAUGUUUGGACUAGUCAUGGAGAAAUUGAGGGUAGUGCCAGUAAUAUUUGCAAUCAUAAUUUUGUUGCUGGUGAAAGUAGUCAAGAUCCUAGAUUGCAUGAAAUGGUUACGAAUGCUCUUGGGAUGUACAAUGAGGGUAACAACCAACAACCUGUUGAUCAACCUCCCAAUGAAGAGGCACAACGUUUUAAUGCACAAUUAGAGUCUGCUAGUCAUCCAUUUUGCGAAGGCAUGCCGCACUCUGCCUUAUCUGUUGCCGUUAGACUGCUAAGUAUUAAAUCGGAUGCGAAUAUUUCUAUAGCGGGCAUGAACGCUAUGAUUGAGCUUAUGAAAGAACUUAAUCUGAACUUAGACAUACCCGAUGAUUACUAUAAAGCAAAAAAAUUGGUUUCCAAAUUAGGUCUCUCGUCUAUGAAAAUUGAUUGUUGUGAAAAAGGUUGCAUGUUGUAUUAUAGGGAUGAUGCAGAUUUAGAGAAUUGGAAAGUUUGUGGAAUAUCUCAUUUUAAACAGCUUGCCAGCGAUGGAGAAGCAUGGAAGCAUUUCGAUAGAACGUUUCCGAAUUUUGCUAAUGAACCAAGGAAUAUUUUAUUGGGUUUGCGUGCUGAUGGAUUCACACCAUUUUCUGUCUCAGCUGCACCAUAUUCAUGUUGGCCAGUCUUUGUCACACGGUAUAAUCUUCCGCCUGAGAUGUGUAUGACAAGUCCAUAUUUGUUCCUAACUUGCAUUGUCCCGGGUCCACGUAAUCCAAAAAGUUUGAUUGAUGUAUAUUUGCAGCCUUUGAUUCACGAGUUACAGACUUUGUGGCACGAAGGUGUUUUAACAUACGACAUAUCAACCAAACAAAACUUCAACAUGCGUGCUGCUCUUAUGUGGACUAUUAAUGAUUUCCCUGCCUAUGGAAUGUUGUCAGGGUGGAUGACUGCUGGCAAAUUAGCUUGUCCUUGUUGUAUGGAAAACACUAAAUCAUUCACUUUAAAACACGGGGGCAAGAAUUCAUGGUUUGAUUGUCACCGUCAGUUCUUACCAGUGGAUCAUGAGUUUAGGAGUACGAGAAAUGCAUUCAGGAAGAAUAAAACUGAACAUGACUUACCACCGCCAACAUUGUCAGGGGAGCAAAUUUGGGAGAGGGUUAGGGACUUGCCUAAGGUGACAGAAACUCCACCUUCUAGAUUAAAUGGAUAUGGGGUUAAGCAUAAUUUGACGAAACAGAGCAUAUUCUGGGAGUUACCUUAUUGGAAGCAUAAUCUUCUCCGACAUAAUCUUGAUGUCAUGCAUAUUGAAAAGAAUUAUUUUGAUAAUCUGUUUAAUACAGUGAUGGAUGUUAGGGACAAGACAAAAUAUAACAUAAAGGCCAGGAAGGACAUAAUGGAAUAUUGUAGGCGACCAGAAUUGCACCUACAACAAUCAAAAAACAAAAAUAAGAUUGUCAAGCCAAAGGCCAGUUAUACAUUCACUUUGGAGGAUAAACGAAAGAUUUGUGAGUGGAUAAAGAGUUUGAGGAUGCCCGAGGGGUAUGCGUCCAACUUGGGUAAGCGUGCAGAUGUGGUAGAAGGAAAGUUGGUGGGUAUGAAAAGUCAUGAUUGCCAUGUUUUCAUGGAAACUUUAGUUCCUAUUGCAUUUCGUGGCUUACCCGAAAGAAUAUGGAAACCAAUCACAGAGAUUAGUUUGUUUUUCAAAGAGUUAUGUUCCAACACAUUGAGGGAAGAUACUCUACUUUUGAUGAAUCAGAACAUUCGUGUAACCUCAUGUAAGCUGGAGAAAUUUCUUCCAUGUGGUUUCUUUGAUGUGAUGGAACAUCUUCCGGUCCACCUUGUACAAGAGGCACUACUUGGAGGCCCAGUUCAAUAUAGAUGGAUGUACCCUUGA